GUGUCAAAGAGAGACAAGAUUAUAGAAGAAUACAAACGAGAAAAUGAGACAGACUGAAUAGUUUUUGACGUUGGAGGAGGAUGAAAAGUGGCAGGCGCAUUACAUACCCAGUGAAAGAGGAGUGAGGAGAAAGAGGGUGGAAAGAGGAAAGAGCAACAGCGUAUAGCCGAGUAGCGCGCGCCUUGUUGGUGUGUGUGUUGGUCGGUUGGUCCCUCGCCGCCAUGCUAGUGGUUAGUUUAGUGAACCAAACAUCAUGAUGUGGCAAAACGUUUGCACGAGUUAAGGUUGGAGUAACGCCGCGUUACCGGCGAGCCGUCGUUAUGUUAUUCGUAAUUCACGUUCGAUAAGCGUAAACACGCUCGUGUUAAUAGUACAAAAGUUAAGUAGCCGCGACGACGCAACGACACAGUCCACAUCCGCGAGAAUCCGCGAUUCCCGCGAUCGGAGCAGCGCCAAAGUCACACAAGCUUAAAUCCUAAUGUGAAGUCACGCGAAUGUGAACGUUUCGUAAACAUCCUGACGAAGACGUUCCACACAGCUAGACGGGUCUCUUUCAUUGCAACGCGUCAACAAAACUACAAGAAUAGAACGAUGCUGGAUCCAAGUGUUUUAACGGAUUUGGAGGAGUUGACACUAUGCAGUUAUUGCAAACAGAAGUACAACGAUUCAGAGCAAUGUCCAAAGUUUUUAAGCUGCAAGCAUUUCUUCUGUUUGCGAUGCAUAGAAAACAAUUUCAUAAAAGGUCGUGAAUUAUUUUGUGCUCAUUGUUGGAAGAGAACAGAAUUGGGCGAUCAAGGACCCGAUGCCUUGCCAACGCAUUCUGCACUUCUUGCGUUAGCAAAUAAUUUUUCACACCUCAAGAUAACAUCGAACAACACGUCCGUAAAGCCCAUUGAGAAGGAGAGAAAGAGUGAGAAUUGUCACACGCAUGGCAUGCCACUAGCGUUAUGGUGUGGAACGUGUUAUACGUCCCUCUGUCGAGCUUGUGCAACACCACAGGAACACCCUGGUCACCAGAUUAAAUCACAGACUGAUGCCAAAGAUCAACUCAUAGCCGAUGUUCAGGUGGAAUUAGUUGCAAUGGGAAAAUUGUCAUCGGAGAUACAAAGACUGGCAAUGCAACAGCGAGAAUUUUUAAUAAAAGUAUUGGAGGCUUGUGUAACAUUAAAAACGCACGUGGAAACCGAUUUGCAAAAUGGUUGGAGUCAUUUCCCUGAGAUCACUGAUGCACGCGAAACAUUGGGCAAGGCAAAGGCGAGCUUGCAAAUGAUUGACAAUCCAAAUGAUGUUUACAGUUUACAUUCUCAACUUAUUGUUGAGAAACAGAGGUUACAAUCAAAAUAUCAAGAGAUGAUAUUGCAAUGUCAAUUGGAUGAUUUGAUUGGUAAUUCCGGUGUGAUUUUUGAUUUUGCAUUAUUGAAACAAGCAUUGGCUGGCAUUCAUUCGGGCGAAACAGUGAUACCUCAAACACAUGGAAAUGGUGGUCGAUUAGCGGCUUCACAAAAUCCUAUUUUGUUUCUUGCUAAUUAUUGUAUGUCACAAUUGUAUUCGAGGCACAUUGUCAGCAAGCAACAACACUUGCAAAAUGGAUCAAUUGACUAUCAUUCGAAUAUGAUGGCAUCACAAGUACCGACAGGUUCGGUACACGUUCAUCAGGGACCUCCUCCACAACAGCAGCAACAGCAACAACAACAGCAGCAACAACAACUUCUCAUUCCACCAGGUUCACCGUCCGUAAAAUCGGUCUCGUCAGCACCUCAAAAUGCAAUGAUCCAUCCCCAACAACAAUCAACAUUCAUAUCCGAUGCGGGUUCUAGUAGCGGUCCUUUAGUAACUGUCCAUUCUCCUCAACAACCGUCCAGCAAUAUUAAUCUUCGCGGGCCCUCUAAUCCCUAUCCAAUGUAUUAUUUCAAUAUUGAAGUAAAUGGAUCACCGCAUGGUCGUAUUGUCAUUGAGGUGAGACCUGAUGCAGCGCCAAAAAUGGCGAAAAAUUUCAGUGUACUUGCCACUGGUGAAAUUGGUGUUGGCUACAAGGGUUGCUCGAUAUUUCAAUGUUGGGAGGGUGAAUCCGUGAUAACCGGUGAUUUUGAAUUAAAUAAUGGUCGCGGCGGUAGAAGUAUAUUUGAAGAUGGUUAUUUUAUGCCUGAUGAUACGAAAUUUCCAUCGGUACGUGGUGCAGUCGGUAUGAGACGAACGCAAAAGCGUCACGACAAUCUUGGUAUGGUUGGUUCACAAUUUCGUAUAAUAUUGCAGGAAAUGCGUGGUUUUACUGCAAUAUUCGGUCAUGUUGUCGAAGGCCUCGAAUUGGUUGAAAAAAUAUCAACAUUUGGUGAUCAAACCGGUAAACCCACGAAAACAAUAUUGAUCACCAAAUGCGGUAAAUUGUAACGAUUGGAUGAGGCGCGAGUCCGACGAGGAGUCGCCACGAUAUCCAUCGUCUUUGUGUUUUCCAGUGAUUUUAAAGAGAAAAAGUUGCGUCGUUACUAUCAAUGGGGUUGGGUGGGUGGUUUUCAUAUAGUUUGAGUCGGGGGUGCAAUGAAAUAUAUAGUAAAUUAGGGGGGAGGGGAAACGAUUAGGCAAAUUUGUUGACAAAUAUAUAAUCGGCACUACUUUUUGGGCGAGGGAGAAAUCGAGAGAAAGAAAGAAAAAAAAUAGCUAUGUUCGCCGCUAUUUUCUUGAUCGUCAAAGUCAUACUCAAAAACUAAACUCGAGUCACGUUUUUUGUCGGAAGUAUAUGUAUACUCUCUUUGGAAAUAUAUGUAUGUAUGUGUGUGUGUAUGGAAAAAACGCGGCGAACAUGCCUAGAGAAGAAUGUUUUAGAGCCGUAGGGGAAAAUUUGUAGAAAUAAAUCGCUAGUUCGCGCAAUCGCUCCCGAAGUACCUUUACACGGUGCUUCAGUACGUUAAAGAAAAAAAUCACACAACUUUAAAUUACUCUAAACUAUAGAAGAAGAAAAAAGUGUUAAAUCUAUUUUUAAACGUGGACAUAUAGAGGAAAUAAUGAAAAAAAAGAAGAAAACUGCAUAUUUUGCUAUUGAUCGGGAAUUUACGCGAUUCAAUAUCUAUUUAUAACAAAUAAAUAUAAAAAAAUAAAAAAAAACGAUAAUCGGCGCGUACGUACCUCAGAUCGAUUCUUCAUAUCGAUACGACUCCUAGCUAUAUGGUACUUGUUUCAGAAACAUUUUCUGAACGUUUAUUUUCGCUAUCGGCGUAUUGUCUAGUUUUAAAUGCAUCGUGCACCGCAACGAUAACGGUGUCUCAAAUGCAUAAACUUUAGGUCGUUGUUAGAUACGUGUAAAACGGGGGAAUAAGUAAAAUAGACGGGGCGAUCGUACACAUAAAUAUAAAUAAAUAAAUAUAUAUAUAUAUAUAUAUAUAAAUAACAAAUAUACAAAAAAAAUAUAUAUAUUAAAAGAAGCAUAUAUAUUUUUAGACGGGGACUUGUGUGUUUUUUGGCUCAAGUGCAUGACUUGACAAAGUAAAAAAGAUGAAGAGAAAAAGAGUAAAUAAAGAAAAACGACUUGGUCGAAUAGAUUCAGUGAAGCGGUACCAUUUCGUUUCUUUUUUUUAUUUCCCUUUUUUUUAAUGGCCGAUCGUUACAUCCUUCCAAAGAAGAAAGAGAAAGGAAGAAGAUAGUCUGCGUAGCGAUUCCAAAAUACCUCCUUUUUUGACGUAGACUUUAAAAAAGAACUCUACUUCCCUUUCUGCUUUCCAUCGACUAGCGGAUUUUGUCGUUGAAUAAAUAUAUGUUUAAGAUUGGAUCUCAUUGUCAGUACACGAAUGUAUGCAAGGCCUAAAAUACCGCAUAGAACGAACGUUUCGUAGCUUCUGAACGCGAAAAACGAAUGACAUGAGCGGAUAAUGUAUGAUGCAGAAAAAAAUAUUUAACGAAUCAUUCCUUUAUAAUGUAUAUCGAAAUAUGUACUACGACUAUGUAAUGCGUUAAUAAUAUUACUUGUGUAAAUUGUCGUGAAACAAAAACAAAAAAAAAAUGAAAAUCCCAACGUAACGAAUGUAUUAUACUAUUAAAAAAAUGUACACAUACAUAUAAAUUGCGAAAGCGAGUCGCGGAAUCUCGCAACGUGUAAAACGUAAAGACACCUAUAUUAUACAUAUUAUAUAGAUAUGCACGUCCUCGUCGUCGAGAUUGCCUUUUUCGAAGAAAAACCUCAUUCGAUGUUGAACUUGAAAGUUUUAACGCUGUUAAUUAUCUAUUAAUGAGUAUGUAAACGCGCGAAAAACGCAUGACGAAUCGAAAAAAAAAAAUGCGGCUAGAAAAUGCAAGACUCGGAAAAGGUGGACGAGCUCGAUUAAAAAAAAAUCUCGUUCCGGUCGUCGUAACGACAAAACUUGUACAAUAUUUCGAGCCUCGACGUGAAAAAACAAAAAACAAACAAAAAAAUAAAUAAAAAUCUAUUAUAUAUAUAUAUACGAAUACGCUCAUCUUACCGAAACGAGCAGCCCACCUGUACAUAUAUUUUUAUUGAACGUGAGGAAUCAGCGACGCAUAAAAUUUGAUAAAAGAACCGAUCUCGAGUAUUUAUCGGUUCUCGAUCACUUUUCCUCGUGUUCAAGAAAAAAAAUAAGCGAUCAUUA